CCACACGGCGGCCACCCAGUCCGUCACUCAUGCUGCAGUUCCACCUCCCGCCGAGGGGGGCGGCAACGUAAUACCCUCGCUUCCGGUACGGUGGAGUGUCAUGGCGACGCCCGUCCAGGCGAACAAAUCAACAUGAAACCAUCCGGUCGGAAUUCAAAGUUGCUUUUUUUCUUUCAGUGAGGAUGCUGCGGAUGAUGAAGCUGACGUCGGCGGCGGCGCGCGGUCUGCUCCGCCGUGCGAAGAACUUGCCGUCUCGGCCCCUUCCCCGUCGUCCCGUGUCCGCCGCCUCCGCCCCUCUGCUGGCCUCCAAGCAGUUCAAAGGUCAGGGGAAGGAGCCGAGGCCGAAGGUGAAAGCCAACAAACAGGAAGUGGAGAUCAGGCAGACCAUGACCGUGGAGGCCCUCGCACGAGCCAUGAACAAACACCCUGAUCACGUGUUGGAGGCCUUGGCGAACACGGCGCUGGACGUGUCGCGCGCCGGCCCGUCCUCAGUGCUGGAGGAGCGUUGGAUCAAGGAAGCGGUGACGCGCUCGGGCAUGAAGUUCCGCUGGGAGAAGCUGAGCGAGGAGCCGCGGCGCCGCGACCGAGACGCCGUGCCCAGACCCCCCGCCGACGGCAGCAAGCUGGUGCGGCGCCCCCCGGUGGUCACCGUCAUGGGCCACGUGGACCACGGCAAGACCACGCUUUUGGACGCCCUGAGGAAAAGCCGACUGGCCGCCGCCGAAGCCGGCGGCAUCACGCAGCACAUCGGAGCCUUCGCGGUGGAGUUGGCGACGGGCGAGAGGGUCACCUUCCUGGACACGCCGGGUCACGCCGCCUUCUCGGCCAUGAGGGCCCGCGGCGCCCUCGCCACCGACAUCGUCAUCCUGGUGGUGGCCGCCGACGACGGCGUCAUGACGCAGACCGUCGAGUCCAUCCGGCACGCCAAGCGGGCGGCGGUGCCCCUCAUCGUGGCGGUGAACAAAUGCGACAAAGCUCGGGCCGAUCCCCAGCGGGUCAAGCGGGAGCUGCUGGCCCACGACGUGGUGUGCGAGGACUUCGGGGGCGACGUGCAGGCCGUCCACGUCUCGGCCCUGGAGGGCCGCAACCUGCCGGCGCUGGUGGAGGCCACGGCGGCGCUGGCCGAGAUCCUGGAGCUGAAGGCGGACCCCGACGGCGCCGCCGAGGGCCUGGUGCUCGAGAGUCGCACGGACAAAGGCAAAGGGUCGGUGACGACCACGCUGGUCCGGCGCGGGACGUUGCGGCGAGGCUGCGCGCUGGUGGCGGGCAAGACCUGGGCCAAGGUGCGCUCGCUGUUGGACGAGCGCGGCCGCGCGGUGGAGGAGGCGGGGCCCGGCGUGGCCGUGGAGGUGCUGGGCUGGAAGGAGGCGCCCUCCGCCGGGGACCUCGUCUUGGAGGUGGAGUCGGAGCAACGCGCCAGGGAGGUGGCGGCGUGGCGCAGUCGGGAGGAGGAGCUGGAGCGGCUGGGGGCGGAGCAAAGCGCCGUGGCGGCCAAGAGGCGGGACCACGAGCUCGCCUACAGGAAGGAGAGGGCGGAGCUGGCGCACCUGAGCUGGCGGCAGAGGAAGGCGCGGCUCUACCGCGACAACAAGAGCGCCUUCGCCAGCCGGCCCGGCGAGAAGACGGCGCCGGCGGGGGCCGCCCUGCCGCUCGUCAUCAAAGCCGAUGUGGACGGCUCCUUGGAGGCCAUCUUGAACAUCGUGGACAGCUACGACGCCGAGCACCAAUGUCGCCUGGACGUGGUUCACUUCGGCAUCGGCGACGUCUCGGAAAACGACCUCAACAUGGCGGAAACCUUCGGAGGCAGCGUGUACGGCUUCAACGUGGCGGCGAGCAAGGCCAUCCGGCAAGCGGCGGCGCAGCGCCGCAUCGCCGUCCGCCUUCACGACGUCAUCUACAAAUUGGUGGACCAGCUCAAGGCCGAGCUGGCCGACAAGCUGCCGCCGCUGCUGGAGCGCCACGUCCUGGGCGAGGCCACGGUUCUGGCGGCGUUCGACGUGACGGCGGGCAAGAAGAAGACGACGGUGGCCGGCUGCCGCGUGCUCAAAGGUCAGCUGGAGCGCAAGAUGAAGUUUCGACUGAUUCGCGGCGGCGAAACGCUUUGGGAGGGAGGCCUGCUGGCGCUGAAGCACCACAAGGAGGACGUGAGCACCGCAGGGGCGGGCAGCGAGUGCGGCCUGUCGGCCGACGGCGACGUGACCUUCCUGCCUGGCGACCUGGUCCAGUGCUUCCGGGAGGUGGAGGCGCCGCAGGUCAGCGCCUGGGACCCCGGAUUCUGAGGGCCGCCCACACGCCCCCCCCCAC